CCCAUUCCCCCCCAACCCCUCACCCUCAUCGUCGCAACAACCCCCAUCCCCCUCCCCAACCCCAGCAACACCCACCCCAACCUCACCCUCGGCAUCGGCCACCACGGCACGCUCCCCUGGCCACGCAUCAAAUCCGACAUGACAUUUUUCGCGCGCGUGACGUCGCGCCCGCCCGUCCCCGGAACCACCAACGCGAUCAUCAUGGGCCGAAAGACAUAUGAUUCUGUCCCUGCGAACUUACGACCUUUGGGAAAGAGGAUAAAUACCGUGAUUACGAGGGAUGUGCAUUCUAUUAGGGAACGGGUGAGGAGGGAACUGGAGGGGAGGAGGGCGAAAUUGACUGCCACCGCUGCUGCUGCUGCUGCUGCUGAGGGACAGCCGGAGACGGAUGCGAUUGUGUGUGGGGGAUUGGAGGAGGCGAUCCGGGAACUGGAAGGCUCGUAUGCGGAGAAACUGGGCAAGGUGUUUGUGAUUGGCGGGGCGGAGAUUUAUGGGGCUGCGUUGAAGGUGUCAGGGAAGGUGAGGAUUGUGAUGACGAAUGUGGAGAAGUUGGGGUAUCGGGAAAAGGGGGAGGUGUUUGAGUGUGAUACGUUUUUUCCGGUGGAUGAGGAGUUGCUCGAGGAGAAAGGAUGGAGGAAGGCGAGUGCGGAGGAGGUGACGGAGUGGGUGGGUGAGACGGUGACGGGCGAGUGGAAGGAAGAGGGUGAGGUGAGGAUUCAAAUGGUUGGGUAUGAACGU